GCAACCAUCAUCGCCGUCUCAUUUGGGUUCAGAUCCAUCUUCCAGAAUGAGUGAGACGGGUCCGUCGUCAUCACAUUCUGUGGUUGUUGAACCACCUGAUUCCAUCUUUUCGCAAGGAGAAACUGCCGAUUCGUCGCAAUUACCAUGGUGGCAAAGAACAAUCCUAACAAAGGAUAAAGUUUUAUUCGGAACUUGGGAUGGUGUCUUUGCAACUGUUAUGGUUAAUAUCUUUGGUAUUAUUGUAUUCCUUCGCUUAGGAUGGAUUGUCGGAACAGCAGGAGUUGCUAAUUCAAUUCUUCUUCUCGGAAUAUGUACAUCACUUGCUCUUAUUACCGUAUUCUCUGCCAUAGGAAUCGUUGAAAGAUGCCAGAUUAAAUCUGGAGGUAUUUAUUUCCUGGUAUCUCAUGUUCUUGGUCAUCAAAUUGGUGGAGCAAUUGGGAUAAUUUAUGCAUUUGGACAAGCUGUAGCCACUGGACUUGUGGCUGUUGGAUUUGGAGAAUCUGUUGCUCAUUUGUUUGAGUCAGAGAGCAAGAUUAUGAUAAAAGGAAUUGCUAUUUUGACUUUGAUGGUUCUUACAGCAGUCAACACAGCAGGUGUCACUUGGGUUGUCCGUCUUCAAAUUGUUCUUCUCUUGACGAUUGCUCUUGCAGUAACUGAUUUCAUUUUUGGAGCUCUUUUCAGUAGUGAGCCGGAAUCUGGUGUAUUCCGUUUCUCAUCUGAAAGAAUUCGAGUGAAUGCAGAUUCUCAUUAUGAAGCUGUUAAUUGCUCAAUUAUUGGUAUUCCACGUCAAAUUCCUGAGCAAUCAUUCUUCACAGUUUUCGGAGUAUUCUUUGCCAAUUUCCUAGGAGUCCUGGCGGGUGUAAACAUGAGUGGUGACUUAAAAGAUCCUCAUAAAAGCAUUCCACUUGGAGAAUUAUCUGCUGUUGGUGUCAGUUCUACAAUCUGUUUUAUUUUUAUUAUGAUUCUUGGUGGAGUUGGAGAUAGAAUGUUCCUACUUUGUGAUGUCAUGAUUUCUGAAAAAGUUGCAUUGACUGGAAUCGUUUUCCUUGUUGGAUUAUAUGUUUGCUCACUUUCGUCAACUGUUGGAUCACUACUGGGAACACCUAGAGUUUUACAAGGCAUAGCUGAAGAAGGAAUUAUACCAUGUUUGAAUGUUCUUGCGAGAGGGGUUGGACCCAAUGAUAAUCCUGUUUUAGCUGGAUAUCUUUUAAUGGGUGUAGCAUCUUUAUUCGUACUUCUAGGAGAUCUCAAUCAACUUGCCAUUCUUUCAACAAUGCCUUUUUUGAUAACUUAUGCAUAUGUCAACUAUUCAUACGUAUCACUUGCAAUGAGCUAUGACCUGGCUACUGUACAACAUGCAGAUGAAGUUGAAACUGUCGGUUACGGAUCCACGAAUAAGAUGAACGAUCUGAAUGAGCUGUUUCCCGAGCGACGAGAUGUCAAUAUUACAAGCACUGAGGAAACUGAAACUGGAAUAAUUUCCCAAGAAGCAACAUGGUAUUCCAUGUUCAGCAACAGAUACGUGUCUUUUCUGGGAUUUCUGGUGAACUUGGCAAUCCUUCUCUUAAUUCAUUUCUGGUUUGCUGUAGCUCAUUUUGUCGCUCUCAUCGCGUUGUAUUGGUACAUUGGAAGAGUCUGCCCAACUUGUGGUCCGGGAAUUUCAACUUUCUCGUUAUGUCACAUGUUCAAAACAGUGUUUUCUUCAUUAGAUUCUUUGCGAUCAGGUGCCACAACAAUUUUGCCAGAGACAACAUUUACGAGCGGCGUAUCGAGUUCCCAACAAAACGAGGCCAAUCCAGAUUAUCAAGACAGACGACAAUAUCAUCACUCGGAGAAUGUUUCUCAUCAAUUAGAUUAAUCUUAUUAACAAUAGAAACUAUAAUUCAUCCUUAAAACCUUAAAUCGCUCCAAUUUUGUUAAUAAAAACUUUAGAAAAU